AUGGCUGGGGAUCCAGACAGGAUGCCUGUCAACCCGCCAGGGGCCCAGUGUGCGCAGCAAAUCUUUCAGACGUUCGAGGCUUGUUUCCGUGACUUGGAAAGCCAACUUAAGAAGCACACGCGCAAACUGGCGCAGCAGCGCCGGGUGGACAAUCCAUCUUUGAUUUUUCGGGACAUGAAGCCUGAUCAGGCUGAGCCGGUAGAGACCCUUGUCUCAGGCACCAAGGCCAGAGUCCAGGAAGUGAGGGCUGAUGAGGGGUUGGUGGUGCUUGAUGGUUCGCCGGCUUGGGUGCCAGAGCUUCCGUUUCAUGUCGGCGAGCGGGCGCUUGAGGUGCAUCACACAGAGGAGGAAUGUUUGUGGGGCGACGUCGCAAGCCUGCGCCCGAACGACUUGGUGCGCCAGGACGUGCUGCUCGGGGACCUCCCCCAAAUCUUCCAAGCCUUCGCCAAAGAAUGGAUUCAAAGGUGGAUCCGGCCGGACCACUUGGAGGCGCAUAGGUGGGACGGCCUGUUGGCCAGCUUUCCGUUGCCCCAAGGCCGACCUAUGGUGCUCCCGCCCAUUUCUGAAGAGACAUGGCGAGCGACGGCGCGGGCGAAGCGGUCUUCGGCAGCCAUAGGGCCUGACGGCGUGUCACGCGAUGACUUGUUGCGCCUUCCCUCGGAUCUUGUGCAAGGCAUGUUGGCCAUUUACCAGGAAGCCGAGACCACCGGCAAAUGGCCUGAACAAAUGCUGGUAGGCAUAGUGGCAGCGUUGGCAAAAGUGCCACACGCCAGGGAGGUGACGCAGUACAGGCCAAUAACGGUCUUGUCGUUGUCAUAUAGGGUUUGGGGGUCUAUCCGCGCGCGUCAGGCGCUGGCCUAUCUCCGGGGAGUGGUGCCUGACACGCUGUGUGGCAACAUGCCGGGGAGGGCUGCGGCUACCAUUUGGUGGCAGCUUCAGGCAGAGGUGGAGCGUGCGCAAGCCCAGGGCUACGUUCUGGCAGGGGCUGCCCUUGAUUUGCAGAAAGCCUUCAACACUUUGCCCAGGGUGCCAGUUCUUGCUCUUGCCGAGUUGGUUGGCCUCCCGGCUGGGUUGGUGAGAGGUUGGUCCGGCGCUUUAACUGGGGUGCAGCGCAGGUUUAAGGUACGUGGUUCCGUCGGUCCGGCCUUGCUUGCCAAUGCAGGCUUUCCAGAAGGCGAUGCCAUGUCCGUUGUCGCCAUGGCGCUGGUUGACUUAGCACUCCAUCAUCAUAUAGCAGCACAGGUGCCUCUUUCCAAAGUCAUUUCCUUCGUGGACGACUGGCAGCAUCCCGGAGGCAGUCCAAGCCACCAAGGCCUUUGCGCAAUCCUGGGACAUCGCGCUGGAUGA